AUGGCAGCCAGAUCCUCCAGACUGAGCGCUCCAAAACGCCCAUUCCGCGAUCAGAAGCGACAGACGAGGCUGCAAUUCUCAUCUCUCUCUUCCUCAUCUCCUGCUCCAGGGGACUCCACUCCACGAGAAGGCCCCUCAGAGCUGACUCCAGAAGGAGCUGAAAUGCCACCCCGCACCUCAUUUCCUUCGUCGCCCACAAUCCACCGAGUCCUCCAAAUCGAUUUGUCGGAUGACACUGACGAGGACGAUUUGAUCUCUCCGGCUCAGAAGAGACGCAAGCCGUCUUCUACUGUCGACGCUGCGCACCCACACAGUCUACCUCCGCCCAGGAAGUCAAAACGUCUGAACCCCAACUCAUCUUCUCCUCCCAGGCAAUUCUCAAGCCCCGGUGAGCAUGAUGACACGGCAUUCCCAAGCUCUCCGCCUCCACGAAGAUCAGGGAGGUUACAUGCUGGGUCUCCGCCACCACUAGCAUAUUCAACUCGGUCUGGGAGUUCUCGCUCUAUCCGGUCCGCAGAAAUCCCCUCCCCACCCAAUCGACAGUCUACCUUUUCUGAUCUCGGGUCGCCGGAGACGAGUGACGAUGACGAUCAUGUGAUGGUAACAAAGCCUACACCUCGGAGGAAAUCAAGACUGGACAGGGACGAUCCGUUUGUUGUCAAUAACGAUGAAGAAGAAUACAUGUCAGAUCGGGAGAGCCGCAAAAGACCGACACCAAAGAGGAAAAAGAGCAGAGAAGAUGACUUUGUGGUUGAUGAUGAUGAAGUGGAGUUUCUCUCUUCCGAUGACGAGAACGACAGCGUCAAGGUACGGCCACCCACGAAGGCACGAAAAUUGAUGUCGAAGCACAAUUCAUCCAAAAUGUCUCAUGGCCGAACCAAGGAAGAACAGGAUGAACUUGAGGAAGAUCUGCAGGACUUGCAAGAUUCAGAGCAGGAAACAAGUGAGCCGAGAGCGCGAACUAGAGGAGGCCCUGUCACCACUCAGCGAGAUAAGACUAGAGAGCAUUUGGAGCUUUUGAAGCGGAGGCGUGCGGGCGAAAAAGUGCCACGUGUCCCUGACUCCGAUGAAGAAUCAGACGAAGACUCAGAAGGUGUGGACAUUGAUCUUAUCGGACAGCCACAUUACAGCAUCUCCGGUGACCAGUCUUCGGAGUCCGCGAAUGAAACGGACCAGGCAGCUGAUAGCGACGAAGAACAAGAAGAGGAGGCAGACGAUUUUGUUGUUGACGACUCAAGAGGGAGACUCGGUCGACCACAUCCAGAUAUACCGCUACAGUUCACCAAAUUUGCUUCGGCUAAGCCAAAAGAGCUCUUCCCUCACAUCAUCGAGUGGAUGGUCAAAAACAAAAUCGCGCCGGCCUUCAAUCGCGAAGAUCCAGUGUACAACCUCGCCUUUGAUCGGCUGGAUGACCAAGUCAAAGCUCAAGCAGGAAGCAGACUUAUCUCGGCAGCAUGGGGUACCGUCUUCAAACGAGCGAUACUGGCGAGACCGAACAUGAAAGUUGUAGCAUUGCCAGGCGAAGACGACGAACACAUGCGAAACUGCGAUGCUUGUAACCGUACCAACAACCCUGCUCGCUAUGAGUUUGUCUUCUCUGGCGAACCGUACCACAAGAAAACACUGGAACCCGUCGACAACUCGGAGUCGGACGAGGACGCGGAUGACGACCAUGACGGGCACAACGGCACCACCUACGACGAAAAUGGCCACGCCAUCUCUUCUGAGCAAACACGCUUCUAUCUGGGUCGAUUUUGCGCUGCCAACGCGGAGAUGGGCCACAAACUCACACACUGGAAAUACCACCUCAACGAAUCCCUCAUGACGUAUCUCCAAGCACAAGGGGUUCUCUCGGCAGAAUCCAUCGUCUCGCGCGAAAAGAUGAACAAGAAGAGACGCGAAAAGGAAGCAGAGAACAUUGUGGACGGCAUGGAGGAGACGGGCGUGAUUGCAGAUUUCUGGCGUGAAUUUGAAAAUGAUCUCAACGAUGCGAGGUUGGGGAUGGAGGACUUUGACAAGCGAGGUGGGCGGUCAAAGGGCAGAGUUGGGGCGAUCCGAGUAAAAUCUGGUGGACUUGUCAGGGAAUGGAAUAACGACAAAUAUCGGGCGAUGAAGGCCAUGGAAUCGGACUCAGAGGGAGAGUAA